AUGACGGGACCCAAGACUAGACCAUUGCCUACGGUAGGUAAGCAAGCCCGUGACCGGCUGCUGGAACGGUUGGUUGGAGCUCUUCGCCGUUUAACCGUGCUAUGCGAUAAGAUGGACACAGCACGUGCCAAGAAACCUGCACCCGAAUACGAUAAGAAGGUAGAAAUCAAUUUGGAAUUGACCUGUUUGCUUUCGGAGGCCCAAUACUCAAUCCAAACCCUGGGUAGGCUUAGACAAUCCCCAGAAUGGAUAUCUGAUCAAGUAGGACACUUGAAUACGAUGAUGCAUGUGCAGGAGGCCAAGGAAAAUAUUCAUCUCAUUCAAGAGCAACCCCGCCAACUCAGUGAAUUGUCACGGGCGGAUAUUGACACGUCUACGCCCCAGGACACGGUCCAGGCGACAGUGGAUGAUCAUUUUUCUGAGACUCAGGCCGCACCAACAGUGCAACAACAUUGGGCUCCUUAA